CCCCCCCCACACACACACAACUGUAUUAACUCCAAGACCCACACACAUUCUCACAUAUUACACAAGUUGAGUGUGGAUGAGCCUGCUUGUAAUCGCGUUUAGGCUUCAAGUAUUGAAAUGGGCCUUACUGGUCCUAUAUGUGCCAUUGAAGCAGGAGGAUGUGCUGCAUUUGCCUCUGUGUCUGCUAAACUUGCUGUGAGCUCUGAAAUAUGUGAGGGCAUCGGGAAAAUUCUGCACUCUUACAUUCAAGGGUAUUUCUCUCCAACCAUCCACAUCGCAAGUCAGCUAGCACUGGUUGUGAGGUUGGCAGGCCUUGCAGGAAUAUUUCUAUUCAAUGCUCUGAUGUGGGUGCUGUUCACAAAGUCAAUGCACAUGUGCUCUUCUACCUUGGAAGCCACAGCCUUCAACACAGCGUCCAACUUCUUUUUUACUGCUGUGAUGGGAAAAGUAUUGCUUGGAGAACACUUGGGUUUGCAGUGGUGCUUGGGGUCUACUCUUAUGGUUUGUGGACUUAUUUUACUACACAGAGGUUCUGACCCAGCCAAGGAACAUCAAGACCCAGAGGUUGAUGGCACGCAAACCAAAGAUAAAGUAUCUUAGCAUUAUCUCUUCAUCUGUCAUGAACUUAUGUUGUUGAGUCCUCAUUGAAGGCAUCAUUUCCAUAUAAUUGUACACUGAAAGUUGAACUUCAACUUCAAUAGCAUCAUUUUUAUGCAUUUCCAAAUGUGCUCCUUUUUUAAUGAAUAAACUUCUUGCAUGUUCAUAACCAAUG